AUGAGACUCAGUAAUCAAGCCGGUCUUUUGAUUGCGGCAUUGGCUACCGCCAAUGCCGCAGAGUCUGCUUCUUCGAGCAGCUCUUACUCGCCAAGAACGUACUCUACGUACAGUCCUUCGGCAUCGGACAUUGCGCAGGACGCAGCCAAGGCUACCUCGAACCAUCGCACUUCAAAUGUUAAAGGUGCUGCCGCCAACCGUAUUUUCCAAAUCUGGCUAGAAAACACUGACUACGACAAAGCUGCUGGCGAUGAAAACUUGGCGUGGUUGGCUACUAAGGGUAUCACUCUUGACAACUACUGGGCAUUGACUCACCCUUCAGAACCAAACUAUUUGGCCUCUGCCGGAGGUGACUACUUUUCUCUCAACGACGAUCGUUUCAUUACGCUUCCGUCCAACGUGUCCACCGUUGUUGACUUGCUAGACACCAAAAACAUCUCGUGGGCCGAGUAUCAGGAACAUUUGCCAUACACCGGGUUCCAAGGCUUCAACUACUCCAACCAGGAGACCUGGGCUAAUGACUACGUCAGAAAACACAACCCAUUGGUGUUGUACGAAUCCGUCACCAACGACGCGGAUCGUCUUGCUAACAUCAAGAACUUCACAGAGUUCGAACGUGAUGUGAACGGCUCCACUUUGCCACAAUGGAGUUUCAUCACCCCAAAUAUGACCAAUGACGGUCACGACUCUACUAUCAAGGUCGCUGGUUCCUGGGCUCGUGGGUUCUUGGAACCUUUGUUGUCCAACAAAUAUUUCAUGGAAAACACCUUGGUUAUCCUGACUUUUGAUGAAAACGAGACCUAUUCCAUCAAGAACAAGGUCUUCACCAUCUUGCUCGGUGGUGCCGUACCAGAAAGCUUGCACGGUACUACGGACUCCACUUACUACGACCACUACUCGCUAUUGUCUUCCGUCGAAGCCAACUGGGACUUGCCAAGUUUGGGUCGCCAUGACGUUGACGCCAACGUUUUCCAGCUCAUCGCCAAUGCUACUAACAUCACAAACAAGGCUGUUGGCACCACUUACAAACUCAACAACCAAACUUACACUGGUUAUUUGCUUGAUGACAAGAUCGGCUUCCCUGCCCCAAAUGUCACUGCCAUCAACAAGAACGGUAAGGGCGUUUUGCAGAAGAUUGUGUCCGUUUGGGGCUCUGAGUAUUCUGCUCAAGUUUCUGCCAGCUACUUCACAUCCACUACCACUACCCACUCUGUGGCUUCAUUGACCGAUGCAGCGACCAUUGCUACUUCCGAUGUUCAAAAGUCUGCUACUGUCAGUGGCUCUUCCAUUUCUGCCAGCGUUUCGCACAACUUAACCUCUAUUGUCUCUGAGGGUGGUUCGGGCAUUACUGGUCUAAGCUGGACCUCUUUGGUGGCCCUGAUGGUGUGCUCUAUUUUUGCUUGA